UCACAAUGCAGUAUGGGCACGUACCUUACGAGAACAUCCGCCAACCGAACGUUCUCUGUUCGCUGUUGAUCCUCCUGCCGCGUUAAUUCUCGUGUGAACUUUUCAGUCCAUGUACGGGCACUGGGGCAUCUUCCUUUCGACACGCUCUGAAGCGGGGAGGACAAGUUGAAUAUCAUCGUCCGAAUGGACUCGACAUCACGCGGACAUGGCUCUAAUCGCCCGGUCUUGGCCAAAGGUGAACCACCGAGUCAACGUCAGACACCACCAGGUCGACAUUCUCGAGGAUCGUCAUCCGCUGGCAAGGAGCGAACCACACAUGCCUGCGAUCGAUGCAGGAUAAUGCGCACUAAAUGCUCCGGAGGAGAUCGAUGUACAAAAUGUGUCAAGGAUAACGCACCAUGCCUCUAUGGGGACCGCAAGCGAGAACGCAAUAAGAAGGAUCUGGCUCAAAGUCUGACCCGCAUUGACGAGCUAAAGAGUGAAAACCACAUCCUGUUGAAUGCUCUUCGCUCCUUGACAGCCGACCACGACUUUGACACGUCAAGACACGGCGACGUCCUUGACAUUCUGUCAAAGUAUCCACAGGACCAGUCCGAAAGCGGGCAUGAAUCAAGCAGCCAGUCAUUGACCAUGGCCAGUGGCAGUAAGAAGCGAAGAGCGACUCAAUAUUUAUUCCAGAAAGGAGGCGAAGACGGAACGGAGCAUGGGGCCGAGCAUGGUGAGAAGCGCGCAGCCUCAAGUGUAGGUUCACCAGGCAGGCAAGGAGAACUCGCACAUGUUGUUGACCUGGACGGUGGUGUCGGCGCUUCCGGCUUCGUGGGUAAGAUGUCCGAGAUAUCUUGGAUCCAACGGGCUGCCGAAACCAUCAAGAACCAGGCGAGCACGACGCAUCCGGAAUUUGCCAUGGGGGAAGCCGACCACCGCAUCACCACAGCGACAGACUUUAGCUUCUGGAUGGAUGACUUUGACCUUUUGGCUGUUGAUGAGGAUCUUGUUGACCCAUAUGAAUGGCCUCUUACCGACACUGCCCUGAUCCUGUCGGAAGCAUGUUUUCAUGCCUUGCAGGGCAACUUCCCAUUCAUUCUUCGCGAGGAGUUUUUGCAGACGAUGUUUUCAUACCCACGGCAGAGACCCAUGCCGAGCUGGGGUCAACGCCGGUGGCUAGCGUUGGCAAAUCUUGUGUGGGCCGUCGGAGCCAAAUGGCUGCAAAUAACAAAGCUCGAGCAACCAAACGCGCGGGACACUCACCUUCUGUACUAUGCUAGGGCGCGAGCCCUUGGUCUCGACCACCGAAUUCUCUUUGAUCAUCCGGACAUCGAAAGAGUCCAAGGUAUAGGCCUACUUGCCUUCUACUUGUUGUCCAAUGGUUCCAUUACACGAGCAUGGAACGUUCUUGGCCAUGGCACGCGGCACGCUACAGCACUUGGCCUACAUCUCAAGGUGUCAGAUCCAGGGCUCAAUGAUGCAGAAAAGGAGCGACGCGCCCGGACGUGGCAUUCUUUAUACAGCCUGGAGAUUUUGCUAUCUGAAAUCACAGGGCGGCCCAAGUCCAUCUUCUUAUCUGAUGUGACGGCUCCGACGACCCUUUUCGCCAAAAGCGCAGAGACCGGGAGAAGCCAGGGUCAACGAAAGCCUAAUGAAAUGUCCAGUACUGACUCGAGACGAGUAUGGCUCGACUUUCUGAGGGCAAGGCGGGAGAUUUCGCAGGCGAUGACGGGUGGGUUGGUGCCUUUGACGAGUUUUCCAUUGCUCGGCCAAGGCAUCUCUCCUUUGUAUUUUCCACACCGACUACAACUUUGCCAUCUGAGUGACAAGAUUGCCCCCCAACUGUAUAGCGGGGCGGGCGACGAGACCUGGUCGGAGGUCCAACAAAAGAUUGGCGAAAUGCAGACAGAGUUGAGGAAAUGGCUCGAGGCACUCCCCGACGAACUCAACCUCCAGAGCGAUGUGACCGUGGACACCGACCCCCGAGCCAAGAUUGAGCUGUCCAUGUAUUAUUACAGCGUGCAGAUGAUUCUGCACCGGCCAUGUUUGUGCGAGAUUGUCAUCGAGAACCAAUCAUUUCCAUCACAAGAAUUCAACCGAAAUUCUGCGCGAGCAUGCGUGCAUGCCGGCAUGUCCCUACUGGCAAUCCUGCCGGACAGUCCCAGUGCCCACGAGGCCUACCAGCUGCUUCCCUGGUGGGGGCUGCUUCACUAUGUCGCACAAGCCACGUCGGUCUUGAUGUUGGAAAUGGCUCUCGAUUGCCAGCAUUUCCGAACCGAGAUACCAGAUGUCAUCAAUUAUUUGCGCAAGGCUAUGGCAUAUAUCUGGUGCAUGUCGGGAACUUCGCCAUCGGCGUAUAGGGCAUGGAGGGUGUUCAGGCAAUUAUUGACAGCCAUUCUAGAGAACUAUGACGGUUAUGACACCGUGGAUAUACCACAGGAGGCUCCUCAACCACCGGGUUGGACCGAGCAAAACGAGACAUCUGUGCGAAGGAAUUUCGCGUCUUGGGGGAAAAUGGACGGAGUUGACGGACAUGGUGAAAGUCCCGACUGGUCUACGUGGUCGUCGUGAAAGAGAGCCAUCUGGCGAAGUGGAUGAGAACGAGGGGAAUCUGAAUGAAGGAGGUAAUCCAGGCAUGUAUGAUAGGCUAUGCUGCUGGUAGUGAGUGCGAAUGAUGCUUCCGGUCCUAGUAGGCGUAGACCGUAUCUUUAGGGUUGUCGGUAUUUCUUGUGCCGGUAGCGAACCUUGAUCCUUCCCCAGAAAAUUCACUUUUGCCUG